AUGGCCGUGGCUGACGGCGGCUGGUGUGCGGUGAAGCGGUGCGCUGCGGACGCCGGCGGUUCCUCCUGCCCCUUCGCCACCAGGGAGCCGCGCCCGUCUCCUCCUUCGCCCUCCUCCUCCUCCUCUUCCUCCGGCGGCUCCCGGGCCGAGCGAGGCUCCUCCGAGACUCCACUGCCGGAGCCCGACGGCAGCCACCGGCCGGCCCCACCGCCCGUCGCCGAGGCCAGGUCACUGCUCGCCCCCUACGUGCACUUCGGGGGCCCUCACCCCUCCGGACGGCCCACCUGGGAGGACAUCGUGCUCUUGGCGGAUUUAGACCAAGCGAACAAGCUGAUCUGGUCCAGCCGCGGCCCACGGCUGAGCGGGCUCGGCGCCGAGCAGCCCGAGGAGAUGUACCAGACCCUGGCCAUCUCGGCCUCCCAGGGCCCCGCGCCCUACGACGGAUCUCCGGGCAGCUUCAUGCACUCCACACCCAGCUCGCCCGUCUACGUGCCCACGACCCGCGUGGGCUCCAUGCUGCCUACGCUGCCGUACCUGCAGGGCAGCGGGGCGGCCCAGCCCAGCCACCCGGGAGGCAGCCACGCCGUCUGGUCCCAGCCGGCAGCGGAGAGCCCCUCGUACAGCAGCGGAGGAGGCUCGCACCCCUCGGGUCGUUUCCCCUACUCUCCCAGCCCGCCGGUGGCUAACGGGGCCUCCCGUGAGCCCGGCGCCUACAGCAACAGCCUAGGCGCCAGGGACCAGUACAGCCCCUUGGCCCGGCCGCUCAACGGCUCCUACCCGGGGCCCUACACGUCCUACGUGGGGCCGCAGCUCACCCCCGCCUGGCCCACGGCCCCUUUCGAGAACUCCAUGCUGCACUGUCUGCAGGGCCGGGCUGCCCCCAUCCCUGUCCGGGCACCCAGCGCAGAGCUGUUGGAGGACCUGUCCGAGAGUCGGGAGUGCGUCAACUGCGGCUCCAUCCAGACCCCGCUGUGGCGACGGGACGGCACCGGCAACUACCUGUGCAACGCCUGCGGGCUCUACACCAAAAUGAACGGACUCAGCAGGCCCCUCAUCAAGCCCCAGAAGAGAGUGCCCUCGUCCCGGCGGCUGGGCCUGUCCUGUGCCAACUGCCACACCACGACCACCACCCUGUGGCGCAGGAACGCGGAGGGAGAGCCUGUCUGCAAUGCCUGUGGCCUCUACAUGAAGCUCCAUGGGGUUCCUCGACCUCUUGCUAUGAAAAAAGAAGGAAUUCAGACCAGGAAGAGAAAACCUAAGAACAUCAAUAAGUCCAAGGCAUGCUCUGGAAACAGCACAACUGCAGUUCCUAUGACUCCAACAUCCACCUCCUCUACUAACUCAGACGACUGCAGCAAAACCGCUUCCCCCAGCGCGCCGACCGCAGCCUCCGGGGCAAGCUCCUCCGUGAUGCCUGGCCCAGGAGAGAGCACCAGUCCUGAAAGCAGCAGCCUGAAGUAUUCUGGUCAAGAUGGGCUGUACACAGGAGUCAGCCUGAGCUCCACGGCCGAAGUGACGGCGUCGGUGCGGCAGGACCCCUGGUGCGCCCUGGCUCUGGCGUGA